UAUCUAAAUUUUUUUUCAGAAAUUGUUAUCUAUUUUUAAGAUGGUUGGUAUGAGCGAGGAGCAGGUUGUAAAAGUUAGAUCAGAUCUAUUAUUAACCCAGCAGAAUAUGGCGGUUUUCAGUGAAAUGCUGACGGAGCUUACUCCUGGGAAAGAACAUCCUCAGGAUAAAUCUUUAUUUGAUGAGCUUUAUGUUACCUGUAGAUCAAUGCAGACUAGAUUAGUUGAACUUAUAGAUCAGGUGGAUGAUGACCAGCUGACCGCUGAGCUCCUGGAGGUCAACGACGACAUGAACAACCUGUUCCUAAGAUAUGACAGAUAUGAGAAAAACAAAGGACAAAGCCAAGGAGCAAUCAGACGAACUCCAGCUGGCCCCCCAGCCCCCAGACCAGUAUCUGAAGUACCUUUAAUUGAUUUCUCUGGGUCUGAAGCUGAACCUACUUCCCUUCCACUACCUAGCCUCGUUAAAAUAAAGGAUGAAGAUAUGGCUAAUGUGGCGGACUGGAUCGGAGACAAGGAUGUGGUUGAGGGGUUGGAGGGAGGAACUACAAGCGAGUUUGAUAGAUUUCUUGCAGAGAGAGCAGCAGCUCCAGAACCGAGCAGAAAAUCAGACUAGAACAGCUAUUAUCAACUCAAGCAGGAAAUAAGUCUAGAACUGCUCUCAUAAACUCAAGCAGAAAAUCAGACUAGAUUUGCUGAUAGAAAUCCAAACAAAAAAUCACUGCACCUUGGAUGUUCAAUAAAAAAUUGAUAAAAAAACUUUUUAUUACUUUUAAACCUAAAUAAAUAUGAGACAAUGAUCACUCCUCUGAAUACUGCUGUCAUAACAUCCUUUUAAUCUGGACAAUAAAGGAAAAACUUUAUUUCAAAUCUCAAAAUAAAUUAUUAAUUACUUUAAGAGACUGUUCAGAUAUUUGAGGAGUUGGUAGGAUACCGAGUUUUGAACCAGAGUUCUAAGUUGCAGGAUACUUCUAACCGAUAACUUUCCUGUUUUUACAGCAGAUCUUAGAUUCUUGAUAUUUAGCGUUUUAAAUGUAAAACUAAGUUUCAAAUAUUUCAAACACCACAGAAAUGGAAAAAAAAAACACCUUUUAGUGCAGUUUAUUUUUGAAACUUAAGAAUGGUAUUAUUUAAAACAAGUAUCUUCCACUUAACAUAAAUAUCUGGACAAUCCGUUAAAAUACAGUUUUACUUUUUGAAACGUGAUUCUCAAAACCUUGUUUUUAUUUUUCAUCGACUACUUAAUUUCAGUGAGCUUACGUUUUCAACUUGAAAAAUUUUAAAAAUUUUCCAUUGUUGAUUUGAAUUUUAUUCUUGUUAAAUAUUAAACCAUUUUUAUAUUUUAAACCGCUAAAAUGUGAUAUAAUUAUUAAUAAUUGUAUUUUUAUAUUUUAAAGAGAUUAACCUUAUAUGUUCAGUUUAGUUUGGUCACUGUAUUGUACUCGAGUUAAGGGAUUUUGUUUAUGUUUUCUGUAUUUGUGAAUAGUUCACUGGGACCCAGAAACCUGUGCAACAAGAACACACUGUUAUGACUUUAAAUAGUCCAAUGAACAUAAAACACAGCAAAGUGUACUGUAUACAAACCAAGGUUCUUCAAUAUGGUUGGUUAUGGUUACUCUGGAUGCGCUCCAAUGUACGGAAAAGGUCGUCUCCUUAGCAUGGAUAGAUAGAAUCUGCAAAUGACGUCGCGCUCGCCUCUAUAAUCAGUGAUGUCAUAUGCGGAUUCUUUCGAUCUAAGGAGACAACAUUUUCCGUACAUCGGAGCGCAUCCAGACUCACUGCCAGAGUAACCAACCUAUUAUAAAGAACCUUGAUACAAACCCGUUUCAAUAAGUUUAUUCUCAAGCUACUGUUCAACCUAUUUGCUGUAUAACAACAACAAACACACGUAAGAUUGCUUAAAUUCCGUCUUCAUAUUUUACAGUUUUUUGGGUUUCACUGUGAUUUUUUAUUUUUAUGAAUAUUCAUAAUGUAUAUUAGUUUUAUGAGAUAUAACUCCGCGUAUUUCAUUUGAUCAGCAUUUUUAAACCAUAAGAUUUGUUUUAAGAUCACAAAAGUAUAAUAUAAACAAAGAUACAUCUAUAUUCACACUUUGUUAGAAUUCCUCUCGCCACUAGUCGUCGAAUAUCAAUACAACGAAGACGAUUUAUGAUUUCAAUUUAGUUUUCUAUCACGCUCUUUAAACCUAGCAUGGAUAUAUAUAAUCAAGGAAACAAAUAAAGCAAUUAAAUAACGGCCUCUCUUUUUUACUUGUAAACUUGUAAUUCGAAAAAAAAGCUUAUUAAUUAUCAGAACUCUAAUACAAAAGUCGUCUUCAUUGUAUUGAUAUAAAUACCGACCACUAUACUUAAGUUAAUUUAUGUAUUAUGUUAAGUUUGCACUGUCAGCACAGUAGAUAGAUAUAAUUUAUUUAAGUAUAAGGAUCCAGUUUAAUAUCAGUUUAUCUGAUAAUGAAAAAAUAGCUAUGUUUACUUGGGAUCAUUAUGAUUACAAUUAAAAUUAAUCCAGUCCUGAGAGGUUUUUUUCAAUGUAGAGGUGUACUAUGGCUAAUUCCCCUAAAUACGCCUCCCUAUAUUAUUUAAUUAUUCAUGAAUACACAAACAAUUGGAAUUUAUUGUUUUAUUCUUAUUGGGUUAUGCAGAGAUUAAGUUUUAGCUACUAGAAAAAUUUUUACACAAAAGUUUGUUCUGUUUUUACCAUCAUGCAUAAACUUUAGUUCGUUUAUACCAUAGUCUAUUUUACUAUGUAUAUUUAUCUUGUUAAAAUCUAUGAAUUUUUCUAUAUUUAUUCAUUUAGCUUCAUUUUUAACUCAGCACAGCAUAAUUAUCGACACGAUCACAUUCCACAAUACAACAGGGGUGUUUAUAUUCUCAUUGAUCUUCCCCCCCCCCCCCACCCCGGGAAAAAGUCGUCAACUACAUUUGAGAGAUUAUUGAAACUUUUGUAUAGAUAAUUUUACCUUGGGGUAAAUAUAUAAAAUUUUGGAAAUUUGUUCAUAAGAAGGUAUAAUGCAGAUUAUUCUACCAAAGAUUAGACGAAUUAUGAAAUUCGAGAAAAAUUUACCCCUGUCGUACACCGUGCACUUUAUUGUAAAAGUAUAUUUUCUGUUUCAGAAAA